AUGCAGCUGCUGCCUCCGGACCCCCGCGGCCGCCCCCUCCGCACCUUCAACGCCUUCGGUGCGGCGCCGAACGCCGCCCCGCGAAGCGUUUGCGCCGCGCCGAAGUGGCCCGCGGCGGUGGGGGCUAAGCCACUGCGAACGUUGGAGGGCCUCCCCGACGCUUGUGAGUGGGCUGGCCUCUCCAUCGACACCUGGGAUGCCUUUGCCGAGCAGAUCGGCGGUGUGGCGGAUCUAUGGCAAUUGGCGCAGCUGUCAGGGGACCAGCUCCGACACGCCAUUUCGCAAAGCCGAGUGGCCGACAGAUGUCCAGGGCUGGGUCAGCUACCUGGCACGCCCUCGCGCGCCUUCACGGCGACGGAGGCUGCCCAGGUGGGCCUCAUGUGGCGCGUGGCCCGGGCAGCACACGACGAGCCGGACGAUUUGGCCGCGCUGUUCCCGGACGCCGUGGAAGAAGCCAGGGAUGGGCUGCCGAAUGAGCCGCAUCCCAGGGUGCAACUGGAAGACGCGGUGUGGUACGAAGUGAUGCACAACAAGGUCUUCGUGAAGAAAGUGCCCAGUGAAAUGGCCCGCUCCUGGGGCUGGGUUCAUCGUGGCCAGAAGAUUCAGGUAGCCCCGCAAACAAUCCUGGAUGAGAACAAGCGGGAGUGGGUGGAACUGACUUUCCUUCAGCUCGCGAGGUCAUGCCCAGAACGGCUCUGCUCCGAUGACCCACUGGGCCGCGGCUUCGCGCUGGUGGACGGAGACCACUUGGGACUGGGUGCGCUGCUGUCGGGCCCGUUGCCGGCGCAGGAGUGCCCCGAGUGCCUGGAGGAGGCGCAAUGCACGGCCGAGGAGCGCGUCACCUUGCGGCGCCUCUCGGGGCAGCCGCUGCAGAUCCAGGUGAAGCCUGGCGACGCAGUGGCGCGGCUGGUGGCGAAGGCCCAGAAGAUCCUACAGGCUCAAGUGACCUUGGCGCACGAGGGCAAGCUGCUGAACUUGGAUGAACCAGCAGCGGAGCUGGCAGGGAAAGAGGUGGAUCUGGUGGUGAUGCCACCUUCACCUCGGGCUGUGACAGGCUGCGAGGAUGGCUCCAUUAGAUACUGGGACUUGGAAUCCUUUAGCUGCCUUGGAUCCUUAGAAGGACAUCGCGGAGCUGUCUGGGCGUUGGAUGCAGAUCUGCCCUCCAGGCUGGCACUCAGCGGCUCGGCCGACACCUCGCUGAUCCUGUGGGACCUGGAGCGAUUGGAAUCCUUGCGAAGCUUCGAAGGGCACAGCGGCGCGGUGUGCUGCGUCUCAGCCGACUUCCAGCGCAAGUGGGCGGUCAGCGGCUCAGACGAUGGCACCCUGCGGCUUUGGUCAUUCAACCAACGCAGCGAGCUGCUGAGCUUGCGCUGCCGCCACGGCACGGCCUGGUCCAUCAGCGCCAGCUGCGAAGACCAAGCCGCAGUGAGUGGCCAUGAAGGUGGUUCUGUACAAGUUUGGAACUUUCAGGAGGGGCACGAUGCGAUGCCUCACAUCUUGGAAGGUCGACACCAGGGACUGGUGCAGGUGGUGCAAGCCGAUUUCCAGCACAGCAAGGCGGCCAGUGGCUCUGAUGAUGGCAUUUAUUGUAUAUGGGACAUUUCCAGAAUGGUUUGCACCUACCUUGUGCAGGGCUUCAAUGUCCCAUCAGUGUGGUCCAUGGACCGCUCCUUCCACCAAUCCUUCGCCGCUCUCAGCGGCAGCUUCGAUGGAUCCCUGGAGCUCUGGGAUUUACGGGGGGAUGAGCCGCUGCAAAGUUGGCGAGGUCUGUCAGUGUGCACUUUGGCCAGCGACUUUACGGCCAAACGUGCGGUCAGUGGGACCUAUGAUGGUCGCUUGUUCGUGUGGAGGGCGUCUGCGAAGAAUGCCAUGAAGCCGCAAUUCGGUCAGCAGCAAGAUUCCGUGAUGCAACGGCUGGGCAAAGUAGGCAACAUCUACUGCCUGGGCCGUAAGCUCGGUAGUGGAUCUUUUGGUGAGAUUUACUAUGCGGUCGAUUCCCAGACGGGGAAGGAAUUGGCUGUGAAGUUGGAACGCGUGGACAGCAAGCACCCCAUGCUCUUGUAUGAGGCCAAGUUGUUGAAACACUUGGAGGGCGCUCCAGGUUUUGCAUCCGUUUAUUUUUCAGAUUCACAAGGUGACUUCAACAUCAUGGUGAUGGAUCUGCUGGGUCCUUCUUUGGAGGAUUUGUUCAACAUCUGUCGGCGAAGGUUCAGCCUACGGACUCUGCUGAUGCUGGCGGAUCAGAUGCUCUACAGGAUCGAGUAUUUGCAUUCCAAAGACUUCAUCCAUCGGGAUAUCAAGCCCGACAACUUCUUGAUUGGCGGCAGCAAAAAGUCGCACAUUUUGUACCUCAUUGAUUUUGGCCUCGCCAAGAAGUAUAGGGAUUCCAAAUGCAACCACAUUCCCUACAAGGACAACAAGAGCAUGACCGGCACGGCACGUUAUGCUUCAGUGAAUGCGCACCGUGGCAUCGAACAAAGCCGACGGGAUGACAUUGAAGCGAUAGGCUAUGUGCUGAUCUACUUCAGUAGAGGACAGUUGCCAUGGCAAGGCUUCCAGGCCGCGACCAAGGAGGAGAAGUAUCACAAGAUCAUGGAGUGUAAGCAAUCCACCUCGGUGGAGACCUUGUGCAAAGGCUGUCCGUCGAUCUUCAUUCCAUACAUGAACUACGCGAAAGCCUUGAGGUUUGAAGAUCGCCCAGACUAUGCCUAUCUGCGACGUCUCUUCAAAGAGCUCUUCUCAAAGGAAGGCUACGAGAACGACGGCAUCUUCGACUGGUCACAAGCCUCAGCAACUGAGCCCACCGCCAACGCUGAGUUGCAGAAACAGGUGAUUGAAGUCAAGGAGGAAAAAGAACGAGUGAGAGAAAUGGGUAGCAAGCGAGAACAUCGACGGAGUCCAGAGGAGACAGACGGAGAAGGCGGCUCCCCAGUGCGAUGGCAAGGAAGUGCCAAAGAGACACGUUCCAGGCACGCCGACUCCAUGCGCUCCACUGCGGCCGCGGCGGCCACGGACCAACGCUUCCGCAGUGAGAAGAUCAGUGAGGUGUCCAGGAGUAAGACGGGCCAAGGUUCGGGUUCGAAACCUCGUGCAGGUUUUUUCGCCUCGUUGUUCGGAUGCUUCAGCGCCAAAUCUGCAGAACAGUAG